CCAACGGAUCAAAUAUGCGGCGAAAGUCCCCUUUUCCAAAUACUGAUCGCCACCCCCUUCCCCUUUCUUCUCGGUCAAUUCCUUGCAGAAUCUUGCCCUGCUCUUCCUUCAUCCACCCGUUUUUCUCUCUUUUCUUUCCUUUCUUCUCUGUAUCACUCCGUAUAAAGAUUCUCAAUCUCAGCUAGCUGGUUUCCAUUUCCCCGGCUUAUACCCACCACACGCCCAGAAGAUCCACGACAGAAUCAAAAGUUCAAUCUUGAAGAACAAGAAAGAAGGAAAUGGAUUCUAAUUCGCCUGAGCUCCGAUUGGAUUCCAGACCCCCUCUCGUUCUCCGGACGGUGACUGAGUUUCUGGGUGAAAUUUCAAUGAUCGGCGACGUUUCGGAGAGGCUGACGAAGAUCGAGCAUCGCCUGAGGAUGCUCGAAGACGAGAUGCGGAAGAUCGACGGAUUCAAGCGCGAACUGCCUCUGUGCAUGUUUCUCCUCGCCGAUGCGAUUACAGUGUUGAAGGAGGAGUCUAAGAGGUGUAGGAAGUCAUUGGGUGAACCAGUCUUGGAAGAAUUUCUUCCAGUGAAGAAGACUCCAGUUGAUGAUGAUGGUGAUGAUAUGAACAAGGUUGAGAAUGUCAAGGAGAAAGACUGUGAAGAAAAGGUAAAAUGGACGAGCUCUUUUAAGCUCUGGGACGGCGGCGAUAAGGGUUGCAGCAUUUCAGACUCCGGCACUGCCAAACACGGCCUAACAACAGAUCUCAGAACAAUGGGGAACUAUAGGUUUCCCAUGGAAGAAUCACCAUCCCUUUCUCUUGGUACACCGGGAAUCAAGAACGAAGAAGAAGACGCUGCAGUAAUGGAUCGUUUUAGUUCAAAAAUAAAGAAACUAGUACCUUACAGCGGUGGCACUUCAAGUGGUAGUACCCAGCUGCUGCUUCAGUCAUCUAGGAAGCAAAGAAGGUGCUGGUCGCCGGAGCUGCAUAGAACAUUUGUCGAUGCCUUGCAACGGCUUGGUGGUCCGCAAGUUGCCACUCCUAAGCAGAUUAGAGACCUGAUGCAAGUGGAAGGUCUGACCAAUGAUGAAGUGAAGAGUCAUUUGCAAAAAUAUCGACUCCAUGUUCAAAGACUACCAGCCGGACAUUCAUCAUCCCCGGGGAAUAAAUCCAUUAAGUGUGAAUCUUCAAAGCAGAGCAGUUCACAGUCUGGUUCUCCUCAGGGUAUCCUUCAGUUAGCGGCGAGCUCUCAAAGAACAUUUACCAGCGGAAGCGAUAGCAUUGAAGAUGACAACAAAUCAGAAUGACGAUCAUGUGUCCAUUGAGGGGGAGGAUUGCUCACAAUAUAAACAUAUGAAUUACUCCUAAACAUGUUGUUAAUUAUACAUAUUAAUGAGGAUGAUGAGAGGGUGCUUAGAAAUGUUGGAAGCUUAGAUUUGGGUGUGAGUUUGUGUGUGUUUUGUUGUUUUUGAUUUAUUUAAGGUGUACUUAAAAGUUGUAAUAU